AUGAAAGGCUGCUACGUCCGAGGUAAGUUUAACUCUAGUAUGCCCCUUUUGUCGCUUUUCAUGCCUUCAUCUCUUGUUGUUCCUGUCAUUCUAUCCGUACCAUUUAUCACACUUUUGAGGCUGGAUUAUUGUGGAAGCAGGACCCAAGCAAUGAAGGCUCAACGCGACAUCCAGCUUACAUACCUGUCAGCAUUAUAA